GUACGGUCACACUGCAGUCCCACGCCAUCGCUUAAAUUUGUUUGGUUUGUCUCUGCGAAUUUCUGAUAAUUGCACGAAAAUGCCGGAAGAACCCGAAAUUGCCGUAGACGACAAGCGUAGUCACUUGCCAUGGAUUGAAAAGUACCGCCCGGUGAAGUUCAAGGAGAUUGUGGGCAACGAGGAUACAGUGGCGCGAUUAUCCGUCUUCGCCACACAAGGAAAUGCACCCAAUAUAAUCAUAGCUGGACCGCCAGGCGUGGGCAAGACCACCACGAUCCAGUGUCUGGCGAGGAUUCUCCUGGGAGACAGCUACAAAGAGGCUGUGCUCGAGCUGAAUGCCUCCAAUGAGCGAGGAAUCGAUGUGGUGCGCAACAAGAUCAAGAUGUUUGCCCAGCAAAAGGUGACAUUGCCGCGCGGCCGGCACAAGAUCGUGAUACUGGACGAGGCGGACAGCAUGACGGAGGGUGCCCAGCAGGCGCUGCGCCGCACCAUGGAGAUCUACAGCAGCACCACGCGCUUCGCCCUGGCCUGCAACACCAGCGAGAAGAUCAUCGAGCCCAUCCAAUCGCGCUGCGCCAUGUUGCGGUUCACCAAGCUAUCCGAUGCCCAGGUUCUGGCCAAGCUCAUCGAGGUGACCAAGUGGGAGAAGCUCAACUACACGGAGGACGGACUGGAGGCCAUUGUCUUCACCGCCCAAGGAGAUAUGCGACAGGGGCUGAAUAAUCUGCAGUCCACCGCCCAGGGAUUCGGCGAUAUCAAUGCGGAGAACGUGUUCAAGGUCUGCGAUGAGCCGCAUCCCAAGCUCCUGGAGGAGAUGAUCCAACAUUGUGCCGCCAACGAUAUCCACAAGGCCUACAAGAUUCUGGCCAAGCUAUGGAAGCUGGGAUACUCGCCGGAGGACAUCAUUGGCAACAUAUUCCGCGUCUGCAAGCGCGUCAACAUCGAUGAGCAUCUGAAGCUGGACUUCAUCCGGGAGAUUGGCAUCACCCACAUGAAGAUUGUCGACGGCAUCAAUUCCCUGCUGCAGCUCACCGCCCUUCUGGCCAAACUAUGCAUAGCUGCCGAGAAGCAUUAAGUUUUAUUUACAGCUUAUAUAGGGUCCUUAGAUUAAGGUCGUUACUGAAUAAAUUACUGGAAGGAUU